ACGGUGCUGAGUUGCAGAGAAACAUAGAGGAAAGGGAACAAAUAUUUUUUUUUUAAUUCGAGGUUAACAUAAAAUAGUUCCUCCAAACUAUUUUUAUUUUGGGGAAGUGCGGUCGCGUGUCGUCACUAAAACAAAACUACCAUUGAAAACUUCUGUCACUUGAGGGCGCUAGACAUACCGCAUGCAUCACAUAAAACAUUUCCUAAAAUUUUGUCAAGAUUACAGCGUUUGCAAGCAUGGAUUCUUCAGAAUUGUCAGAUGUGCUCCAGGAGUUCAAAAGCAAAACAAAAUCUCCGGAAAAUUUCAUCAGCGCUCAACCAAGUCUAGUAUCGUCAUUCAACCACUGCACCAAGAGACUGUUUGAUUUAAGUCAUCACUGUCAAUAUACGCAGAAAGCAGUUUCUUCCAAUACGCUGACAAAACUGACAACUGAGGGCUUAGACGCAGAACAGAUCUGGGGGCAGAUUCAAUUAACCAAUGGACCCCUUCUUAAGUACAUAAUUCAUGACAUUGCCAAGGCGCUAAUAAAACAACAUGAGGUCACUCUAUUAAGAACUCAAAAUCAACCUUCGGAGGAGGAGGAUGAUAAUGGAGAUGAAAAUGAGCAAGAGUACGACGGCAGCCAGGACCUCUUUGAAGAUGCGGGGGAAAAGGGUCAAGUUUUACAAGACUCUGAUGACUCUUCAGACCAGGACUCCGAGUUAGACUUUGAUAUCGCUAAGUUAGAGACGCAGUCUAAGAAGAAGACGACACAGAAAUCAAGUUCUCAGACACAACGGAAAGUAUUUCAGGGCAGGACUUCCGUGGUGGAUGACACCUUCUUCAAAUUGUCCGAGAUGGAGAAGUUCUUGGAGAAGGAGGAUGCCAAAGAGGAGAUACGGAGACGAAAGGAAGACGCUGGAGUCGGAGAUGUUGGGAAUGAGGAGGAGGAGGAGGAGGACUCAGAUGUUGAGUCCAUUGAUUUGUUUGAUGAGUUCCCCUCAUCUGAUGAGGAUAUGGAAGAGAGUGACAAUGAUGAAAAUACUGAGGGGAUUGAACAGGGGAAGAGUGCCAAAAACUUGGUUUAUGACGACUUCUUUGGAUCAGGAGGAGACAACGCCGAAAAACAGAGAAAACCUCCCAAGAAGAAGAGCGUACAUUUUGAGGAAUCAGACUUUGAAGAUGAACUCGAUGAGGAAGAAGAAGAUUUGUCUGAAUGGAGAGAUAAAUCUGAUGAUGAGGAGGACAAGGAAGAUGAGGAGGAAGAUGAGGAAGGAGAUGAGGAUAGUGAAGAUGGAGAAGAUGCUAGUGACAUUCUUGGAGGAAAACCCACAGAAGGCAUGUCAACAUUCGAGAAAAGACAAGAAAAGCUGAAGCAAAAGAUAGAGCAGCUUGAAGAGGCCAACAUGGUAACCAAACCAUGGCAACUGUCUGGUGAGGUGCGCAGUAGUAAGCGGCCAGAGAACAGUCUGCUGGCGGAGUCACUCGACUUUGAGGUCACAAGUAAACCAGCGCCUGUGAUCACAGAGGAGACCACACAAGCCCUGGAGGACAUCAUCCGUCAACGCAUCCUCGACCACGCCUGGGACGAUGUAGAAAGGAAACAGAGACGCAAGGAGGAGGCGUACGAGUUCAAGAAACGCAUCACGCUCGACCAGGAGAAGAGCAAACUGAGUCUGGCCGAGAUUUAUGAGAAAGAGUACCUCAAGCAAUCGGAGCAAAACAAGGAAGAGGAGGAGAACCCCGCCCAUGUUGAGAUCAAGAAGAUGAUGGAGUCUCUGUUUGUGAAGUUGGACGCUUUAACCAACUUCCACUUCAUGCCAAAGCCAAUUUUAGCCGAGGUGAAGAUUGUUCCGAACGUUGCAUCUAUCACAAUGGAGGAGGUUGCCCCAAUUACGGCCACAGAUGCAUCACUACUUGCUCCUGAAGAGAUACAGGAAAAACCCAAGGUAGACCUGAAGGGUGAUUCUGAGAAGACCUCAACGGACAAGAAACAAGCGCUCCGCAAGAAGAAAAAGACUCAGAGGGUCCGGGCGAGGGACCAGGAGAAGAAGCAGAGAGCGGUGGAGAAACUACAACCUGGCCUCGGGAAUAAGUACAGCAUGAAGGGCGCCCUCAAGAAACUAGAACAAGACAGCAAAAUGCCUUCCAGUAAAACCACUUUCAUUAAGAGUAAGAGUGGAGCAGAGAAGUCUCUGACCUCUUCCAAGACUUUCUUUGGUCGUCUCCAAGAUGAAGUCAGCUCGGAACUCAAAGGAGUCAAGAAGAAGAGAAAAACUCCACAGCAGACACUCUCAAGCAAGAAACUCAAACUCUAAUAUCCACUGGAAAUCGCCAACAGAGACUACAGCAAUCCACCUUGGAAUAUCAGUAUAUCCUCUUCACAAAGCGUUUGGCACUCCAGGGCGGUUUGGCAUUUUGGAUCUUUCCACUUCAUUUUCAAAGAAUUGCUCAGCCUUAAUUUAUGUUUCCAUCUUUAGGCAGUGCCAAUCUCUCUCUUUUUGACCAAUUUAAAGCGUUGCUUGGGAGAGUGGACAUGAAUAAUUUGGAGCUUUAUAAAAACAAAUGUCACUUAUGUCAAGGAGGGAUUUACAAAUGGUGCACACAGUUUAGUAUGGUACAGACACUAUUGCUUGAUACUAGGUUUUGUAUUCAUCACUGGCUGGUUCGGAGGGACUGGGGCAAGUCUACGAAUCUAAUUGUGUUGGUUUUGAUCCAGUAAUUCGAGAUGCGAUAUCGGAGACUACGUUCAACAUAAUGCACAUCACAAAUCAAGAAUGUUAGAAGUAUUGAGGGUUUAGAAUAAACAACACAAGAAUGUCAUGUAUAGAAGAAUUUAGGAAGAAGUUUAAAUUUUAUUGAGUCCUCAACUCUGCUUUUUGGAAGUACAGACUGUUAUAUCAUGGUUUCGAGGGACACAAUUAAAACAUUGAAAUUCCAAGCUUAAAAUAAAAUUGCUAAAUUAGAUUUUAAAAUGAUUUGAAAACGUGUUAAAUAUGUGGAGAGAAACAAUCAUGAUAUUUCCUUUUGAUAUUAAAAACAAAUGAAUUUUACUCUCUGUUGUUAUUUACUCUUUUCCUGUUUACAAAAGCUCGUCUCAUUCAUUGACUAUUUUGAAAAACAUGUUUAUGUUUUUUAAUAGAUGUCUAAAUUGCAUCAAGGUUAGUUUGUUUGUUUGUUUGUUUAGAUGAUCUUCACGACAGAGAACUCGGCAAUCUCCCUCAUACAAACAUUGGUUCAAAGUCUUUGAUAAUGAAUUGCACAAAUCAAUAAACUGUGAUUUGGUAACUAGAUGACACUUAUUCUAGUCAUUGUAAAAUCAGCGGUUAGAUUGGGGAUUCGAACCCCAAACCUUGCAAAUGCAAAUUACCACAAUAGAGACAUUUUGAUUUCAGGUACUGUGCUGAAUGUCUACAUGAUUGUUCCACAGGAAAAAAUACAACAGCGUUUUAACCUAGCAGUGCCCUAUUCCAACCAUGUGCCAUGCCAUGCAUUUUAGUAUGUGAAUAACUAAUUUCUUUUAUAGAAAUUGCAAAGAAAAUUCUACAAUUGGCGACUGCAGUAAACAUAUACACAACUUCAAAGUUGACCUCACAGUGGUUUUGGUCACAACUUGAAGUUGAAAGGUCAUUUUAAGGUCAUUUAAAAGGUCAUGUGGUGACGUAAUCCAAAAUGCAUUGAUGUCACACUGGCGCCAUUUUAGCGAUAAAACGCUGAUGACAUGAUGGAAAACGCCCAACACAGAGAAUGGGGCAUGAGCCACCUCAUUUUGACUUCUGCAUGAGGGCGCCCUACUGUUGCGACAUGUGUACAUAUCGUCUAACAUGCCGAUUUAUAAGUCAGGGCUCAGUUUCAUAAGGCUGUUAAGCAGCAAAAUUCUGCUUAGCAAAUUUCUUAAUUAAGCAAAAAGAAACGUGGCACAUGCGUAGCAAUGAUAUUAACUGUACUUGGUGUUCUUGCUGGUAAGCUAUUUUUGCUAAGCCAAUUUGUUUGUGCUAAGCAAGUUUUUAUGGCUUACAGGCUUCAUGAAAUUAGACCAAGUUCUGGACACUAAUCAGGCGAAGUUAAUAAAUAUCUAUGGAAUCCAAGUAUUGCUUUGGGGCAUACAGAUUAAAUCUGAAAGUAAUAAAAAAAUUAACUACCCAGUAAUACUACUAAUAAAACUCUGCAAGUACUGUGUAAUAUGAUACAAAACAAAUAUAAACAUAAUAUUUACAACAAAACCCUUCACUCAUGCACUUAACUGUGCAAUAAAAUAUACAGAACAAUACGCAAAUUUAUGCAAAAUUAUGCAAAGCUGUAUGUUAACAGAAAUUGCUCAAAACUUUCAGAGGGUUGUCACAAAGUCACAAUAAUUUUUCAUUUCCAUUUUUUUGCUUCUUGUUUGAGUACAUGGCAAAAAAACUCAAUCUGCUAGUUUACCAAACAGCCAAGAACUAAAGCAGUGUCCCAAUUUACGGCUACGGCUUGAAUGCCACAUGAGAAAGUGUUAAAGCAUAGGAGGUCAAUAGCAACUCCCUAAGCAACAGCCGCAGCCACCAGUUUGGACACGGCUUAACCUGGAAAAUUCAAUGAAAAAUGUUGCUCGUAAAUUGUGUACAUUAUAAAAGUCAUAUAUAUGUUUAUGUAAUAAAUUUUCCACAUAAUGUAGGGAUUAUUUCUAUUGCCAGGCCACAGGCAAUAGUAAAAAUUUAAAAAAAUUCCAAACAUGAUUUUGUCUAAAAAUGACAGCAUUUGAACUCAAUCAGCAGUUGAACCCUUACUUUAAAACAAGUAAGAUUCUGGCUUUCAAAAAAAAAAAAUUAACACAGACCUGGCCAUUAAGCUGUUUAGCAAAUAAUGCUAUAAGCACUUUUUUUUUUGCUAAGCAGAUUAUGCAGGG